AUGUCUUGGCUCCGUCGAGUGUGGCAGGGUAUUCGCCGUCCUUCGUACUUUGUGGGGAAGGAUAUCGAAGGAAACAAAUUCUACGAAUACCCAAGUGUCUCUGAUGAUCCCAGACGGACGAAGCGCGUAGUGGAGUAUACGCGGGGACAGGAUAUACUGCAGUAUGUCUCAGGAGGAAAAAGGCUGCCAGUCCAGUGGUCCGCUUGGCUGACGCAUACCCGCUCGCACCCACCAACGCUUGAGGAGCUCCAAUCUGACCUAGAGCGACAAAGGCGUGUUCUCUUUAAUGCCGCUGUCAUUGAGGCACGAGACCGCGAGGAGCGCGCAUUGCAGCAGAUUGCAGACUCUAGCCAACAGGGUGCUCCGGCCAGCGGGAAUGUUCAAGAUGCUUCCAGUUUCCAUACACAGGAUGAUGGGCGCAAACAUGUGUCCCUUUUGGCGCCCCAUUCGGAACUUGCACCUAACGACAACAGCAAGCACCAGAAGACACUCGAACGGUCAGAAUCUUCAAAUGUCCAACACCAGCGUGGACCGUGGAUCGAGAUCUCAGACAAGCCACAAUCUUGGUCUCCCAGUAUGAGACAGAGAGGUAGUUAG